GCGUGUCCUAUUCAAAGCAAUUUGUACAUCUUGGCAACGUGGCCGAGACCACCAGAUUUGAGAAAAUGGCUGCAGAUUGCAAAAUAAGUAUGCAAAUCCUUAAACUUGGGCAGGCUCAAGGCUUGGAUCCACCGAAGUAUCAUUUUGAGGAGAGAACCUUUAAAACUGUACGCAUCUUUUCUGACAUCAGCAGUACUGAAAUGCUACUCAUCAUUGUAAAAGGAAUAAAUCUCCCUGCACCUUCAGGUGUGGCAACACAUGACCUUGAUGCUUUUGUGAAGUUUGAAUUUCAGUAUCCUAGUACAGAGCAAGCCCAACGAAAUAAAACAGCUGUGAUUAAGAAUACUAAUUGCCCAGAAUAUAAUCAGCGUUUUGUGCUCAAUAUUAACAGAAAUCAUCGAGGAUUUAAACGAGUGAUUCAGACCAAAGGAAUUAAAUUUGAAAUAUUUCAUAAGGGUGGAUUUCUGAGGAGCGACAAAUCGGUGGGAACCGCACAACUUAAACUGGACAAAUUAGAAACAGAAUGCGAAGUCCGAGAAAUUGUUGAGGUAAAAUGCGAGUGGGUUUGUAUGUUCUGAAGUAACUAAUAUUUGAAACAAUUACAAAAACCCUUU